AUGGCGUCUGCAUUGAGCGAUUCCACCACAUGGAGAUUGUUAAAACAAGGCGCAGAGGCACGUGUUUACAAAAUAGAGUUUUACAACAAAAACUCCAUAGUGAAAGAGAGAUUUACAAAAGCUUACAGGCAUCCUUCCCUGGAUGAAAAGCUCACACAUCGAAGAACCAACCAAGAGGUUCGCUCCAUGCUUCGGUGCCGGAAAGCUGGUAUUUGUACUCCCGCUGUUUUCUUCGUUGACUACACCACUCACUGCAUCUACAUGGAAGAGAUAGAGAACAGUGAAACGGCUCGCGAUCACAUCAACAAUCUUUUAGGCAACCCAGAAGAGAAAUCGGAGCAGAUAUUGCAAAUUCUAGCAGAGAAAAUAGGUUCGUGCUUGGCUGAUAUGCACAAUGUGGAUUGCAUCCACGGCGAUCUCACCACAUCGAAUAUCUUGUUAAAGACCGGUGCUGAGAACAUUAUUCUCAUAGACUUCGGACUGAGUUUUAUAUCAGCUUUAACAGAGGAUAAAGGUGUUGAUCUGUACGUUUUGGAAAGAGCUUUUCUAAGCACUCAUCCAAAUACCGAAGAGCUAUUCAAGAUUAUUUUGGAAAGUUACAGAAAGAAAGCAAACAAGGCUGAAGAGGUAAUCAAGAAAUUAGAUGAAGUGAGGCUGAGAGGAAGGAAGAGAACCAUGGUUGGAUGA